AUGGCCUCUCCAUCAGUUGUUGUACAUCCAGGCCAGCGUCAGACAUCGUCAGCCUCCAGGCGACGCCCUGCAUCAGACAACACUGGCCCGUCACCUCCUCAGAGGCUCAGACAAAACCCGCCGCGCGUUUCGCCGACCCGACCAGCCAUCCUCUCAUCGGCAACUAAUAUCCGGGCGGGUGUCCGAGACUUGACGCUGCAGAGACUCAGGCCGAGCCAAGCGGUCGACAGCAUCCACGUCGACAGCAUCUACUGUGUGUUCUGCCAGACCGAGGAUGAAGACCAUGCGGACGAGAGCGUGAUCUUGCACUGCGGUCAGUGCACAUCGCUCUGUCAUCUGUCAUGCGCCGAAGAAUGGUUAGAAAAGCGAGAUAUAGGGUUUGGCACGUCAUGCUAUGUGUGCCGAAACGAAGGUGCCCUAGAUGCCUUGAUUCGCCCUUUACCAAUCACCUCAUCGGAUGCCGAGACAUAUUCCGUCCACACGGCAAGCGAUCCAUCUCCCACUAGUGGGCCCCGUCGCUCAGCCAGACUAGCAGGGACUCAUCUACCGCGACAACCUUCCACCGCUGCACCGCUUCGCCGAUCGGCACGACUCAAUUCCACUCAGCGUAGGUGA